AUGCAGUUCAAGUCGCUCGCUUACGUGCUGCUCGGCCAGUCGGCUCUGGUCGCCGCGCAGUCAGCCACCACCACGGCCCCAUCGGCGGUCGCGACGUGCGAGCCGCACGAGGACCACUGGCACUGCCCGUCGGGUGUGGUCCAGCCGUCGCUCAACCCGGACGGCUCCGUCAACACCAAGGCAACCCCGAGCGCGUCGCAGGGCGCGAGCGCGUCGCAGAGCAGCAGCAGCCAUGAUGAUCACGACCACGACCACGAUCACGACACCACGGCGACUGGCACAGCCAGCGGCAGCGCCUCGGCCUCGGCCACCACCACCGUCGCCACCGGCCCCAACGGCUGCACGCCGCACGGCGACCACUGGCACUGCCCGUCGGGCGUCGCCAAGCCCACCACCCCUCCUCCCGGAUACACGCCGCCCGCCUCGUCCAGCGGUGCUACCACCAGCCGUGCCUCAGCCAGUGCGACCCCUUCGGCCACCCCCGUCGCUGGUGCUGCCGGCCGUGUUGGACCCCUCGGCCUUUCCGUCGUUGUCGGCGGCGGCCUCUUGCUCGGCGCUCUUUUCCUGUAA